AUGAAAAGGGAUUUGAACCCCAACGCUGGUGAGUUUCACCCGACGGGUGGGCGACUCACCCCAAAGCCCUCAUUAAAUGAGGGGGGUAGUCGUUCUUCAUCCUUGCAAGGUGGCUCCGCACCCGCCGCAGCUUCUUCGUCCCAACAGAAUAACGCAAAUCCUAAUGAUAGAACGCCCUUUCAAGUUUCCGAGGGCCUUGUAGAGGCAUGCUACUUUGUGCCAGCGACACGAUUCUUAAUGGAUUGUCGCGCCGCAUUCUAUGAACACCCGGAAACCACUAAAUGUAAGCACAUGGAAUUUGAACGUCUACUGCGUCGUUGCUUUUUUGGAGCACAUGAAGCCAAUGAACUGAGCAUCUCCUUGGCUUCUGCGUCUGGUCAAAAUAGACCAUUCUGGGUGUCGUAUUCUGCGGCCUAUUUUCGGAUGGCGCACGACGUCGUACAGGAGGUUGAACUUGGGACGCCCUGUCCUUCCACUCAACUGUUACCCCCGGCGGCGGCAGGCGCUUCACUCGCAAUGCCGAUGAUUCCACCUAACUUGACAAGCUUCACAAAUAACUCGACGGAGGAAGAAAGGCAACGUGAAUCUCUUCGUGAAGUUUAUCUGUCAAGGCUUCGACCUGUCGUUCCGUAUUCUAUUCGCAAGCAACUGGCUUUCCGUGCCAAACGCCCUGGCGUCGAUUUACAAGAGGAUGUGACGAGGGCUAUGACUUACGCUCUUGACAUCUUUUUUUUCUUUACGCGGUUGCAAUUUCUUCGGUUUUUAGAUGCAUCUUCUGGACUAAGCUACUCUGCAUGUGUUCAAUUUUUAACCAGACUACGCGAGCGUUUGAUGAAGCCGGAAGUGGCCGAUUCCUUUCUAAGUGUUGCCCUCGUCCUGAUGUUAGUUUCCACCGCUCACAUAACGUUUGCACCACGUGGCGGUGAAAGUUGCUCUCCACGAG